CUACGAGGCUUUUCUUUCAUGGAAUCCAUACGGGUUUCCUCUGAAAAAAUUACUAUGAAUGGGUGGAUGUCUGAUUCUUCCUUAAUUAUUUGGUGAAAGGACAGUGCAAAAGGACACAAGAAAGGUACAGCUGCCGCACUGAGCCCCUUUCCUGUAUCAUUUCACCAAUGGCUCGGUGUACGUGAUACGUACAAGUGCUCCACGAGAAGAAAUGUUCAGUGGGAAAGCUACUUUUACAUACUUGUCUGUCAACGUUGAAUCCAUGUGCAGCAAUUAAUUAUUUCUAAACUUGUUCUGUCUUUGCUGUCACAUUGCUCAAUACUACAUGUGUGUGUAUAUGAAAUGUAACUUUCUUGACACAAGAAUUUUGCAUUUGCAUCUAACACUUAAAUUUAUCGGGAGUAAUGAUUAUUUCUAAAUCGAUCUGGCUGUACCUGCACUUACAUGCUUGUGCAUGUAUGUAUUUAAUGCACUUUGCUUGGCACAAGAUUUUUUUUUUAAUAGGCCAGGAAGUCUAUUAGCAACGAACUGCAAUGAAAAAAAGCCGACGUGUGGUUAUGCAGCUCGGAAUGUUUGUUGCCCUAAAAUUCAGGAAGUGCACCUUUGAUAUUAAAUAUAACUCUGGAACUCUAGUUUUGGCAACUUGAUGUGUUCUUUGCUUAGUUGCGUGAUGGUGCUUUUUGCAUAAGGUGUCUAUAGCCCUACAGCUGCUGAUAGAGUACCAUGCCGUGAACUUGGCCUUCAAUAAACCGGCAGACCAGGCCUCCUGUAACUCUAUUGUAGGUCUACCUUGCAUUUUAUAUUUAUGCAUUUGGGACUUAAUAUAUUCAAUGAAAGCUAUGUCAGAAUGCUGAUAAAAGUGAGGCACCAUAUGCUCCGUUCUAUUUGAAAUGCUUCGUUUUUAUUGGAGUGACCAAUGCCUGCAUUAUCUUACCACACAUAGCCCAAAAUGCUGCAGCUGUAGUAGUAGUUUCCCUCAAGUUCUUGCAGUGAGAAAAAUGCACCACGUGGGAGGAAAAAGUGCAGCCGUGAACUUAAUCUAAGCAGCUCCCUUGAAUUGAGGUGUCAUGAAAGUAAAACGCUCACGAAUUGCCGUUUGCACAGCUCGAUUUUCUCUUACGCCAAUAGUGAAGCAAAACUGUCAUUGGAGGAGUUUUGCAGCCGGCUACUCAAUAAUUGUUUCGCCACGUUGCUCAACUGCCAGCUACUCGAGGUCGCAUAUCGUCAGGCAGUUGCUUAAUUAACUCAUUGCAUGUCUUCCAUCUCGGUGUCAGCAGUUGGAAAAAGUAAUGCGAGCAAUCGUCUACGGGCCCGGUUUCAUCCUAAGCCAUUCAUUCGCUCAAUGGCAGUGGCAGGUGUGGUUGGAUCUUUGAAAGUUAUAGAAACCAGCCCUAAGCAAGCGCCAAGUUACGAGUCACUAAAUUAUAAAACUCAAACGCAGCGAUCUGCUAUGACGCUAUUGAAGCGGAGCAAUAGUCGCGCGAAUGAAUGAAAAAAAGCAUCGGGGACACGUACUGAUAAUAAUUUUGACGUCGCGUUCCCAUUUCAAACGUGUGGGCAAUGAAAAUUCCUCUUCUGCAAGAAACGAUGCUCCGAAUGAUAGUACCGCAAUGAUCUAGUUUCAAAUAUGUAGUAUAUUCAGUGGGUAGAUGGGUGCGUUCGCACUGUACGCAUUACGUAUGCCUGCAACCACACACCGGAAAACGCGCUCAUUCAUUCCAAGCGAAUACACUUCGUGCGGCGUUUCCGGAAAGUUAACGGGAAUAUUAAAACGAUUAGAACGUGCAUGACGUAGGCCUAAGCAGCCCGAGAAACCGCCACGAGGGGCGGCCACUGUUUACGUGCCUAACGGCACGUAGCGUUUGACCUGGUUCGCGUAGGGGUCGAACUGCGCUUGCGCGAGCGUGCAUACCAAUUUGCCCGCUCCUCUCGUUGAGUAGAGCAAAGAUGAACAGACUUAAACCAAUUAGGAUGUACGCUUUAUUUACAAAUAUGCGGAUUUACAAGUACAAACAACCUGUGUCGCACCAAGCCGGACCCUUUGGCACGGCACGGAAGCGCGACUCUCCGCGCAGUCCGCCAUUUUUAAAAGGACUCGCCGCGCGUACCUUGUCGGAUCGUGCCAGGGUGUCAACCGUCGCUUUCCCAGACAGCAACAUGCAGCACUAACCACAAAACACCUCCUGCAUAGGAAAACGACGCCGGCCAUGCCGUGUAGUUGACGAUAAAGAAUGGACCGACGACAUAAACAACUCGGGCGCCGGCGCGGCGGAAGAGCUGCUGCGGAGGUGUCGCCACCUGUUGUGCGGUUUUGACGUCACCGUCAAGAUGGCAGCCAAGGCGAGAGCGUAAUGUAUGAAACCGAGCGCUAGCUGACUUUUCGCAUGUGCGUCGCGCGCCGUUGGAGCUUGGAGCUUCUGUGGACACCGAUGUGGUAAAGCAACGGAAUACAGUGGACGAGGCCGAAUUUCCCAGGGCUCCGGCCGCGGGAAGGAACUGCGUCCGCCAAGAUGUUCAACGUCGAGCAGCAGCAGUUCGGCAGCCUCCUCAGUCAUUCUCAUUAUCAAAACAACAUCGUCUCCGCCGCCGCUGCAGCAACACGACAGCCCUGCAGCUCCAGCAUGCUUGCGAUGGGCCGCAGGGGCUCGGCUGGCGACAGUGCAAGUCCGGACCCCAUGGCCGGUGUCGGAGGGGCCUCCACAAGCUCCGGGGACGAGACAUCGACCGACUGCAAGGACUCGGCCUACGUCUCGAGCGAGGGGCUCAUGGGCACUCCCUCCUCCCUGCUGCCUGUUUCUCCAUACACUGUCUCGCCAACCUCAUACAGUGCAGCAAAAGAAGCCACAGACACAAGCCCACCUGUGACAUCAACAUGGUCUCAGUUUCCAGCCGGUACAGAGGGGGUGUUUGACCGGCUGACCGAACUGGCCAUCAUCGCCACAAGCCCUGAGAGCCCCCUCCUGAGGGACUCGCCACCACUCAUCUACCCAGCCUCAUCUUCAUCAUCAUCAUCCACUGCAGGGGCGCCACCACCACUGUCACCGCCGGGGCGCCAACGAUCAUUCAGCCUGUCAGCGUUGCAUUCCUAUGCACGGCCACCCCUGCCCCCUCGCUUGGGCCACGCUGUUUCACACUACCCACCUGGCUCGGGUACCCACAGCACCGAGCCCAUGGGUAUCAUCGACGACAGUCCCAGAGCACUGCCCCUCACUCCCGAAGACCGGUCGGCUGCGUACACGCUCAGCACCAUGGCCAAACAGCACUGCAUAUCAGCGCCAGCACCACCGCCUGCGCCCUCGGAACCUGCGGCUGUGUCGGUGCAGUGCUCGCCAUCCAAGAAGUCUCUGAACACACGCACCCGCCACACAUCAUGCCCCGACCCUGCCAAGCCCCGAAGACCAAUGAAUGGCUUCAUGCUGUUCGCCCAGAAACACCGCGGCGAGUACUCUCACAUGCACCCUGGCAAGGACAACAGGGCCAUCAGCGUGAUGCUGGGCGACCAGUGGCGCAAGAUGAAGUCCGAAGAGAAAAAGCUCUACUCUCAAGAAGCCAAGGUUCGUGCCGAUGAGGUCAAGAAGGUCCACCCAGACUGUUGGAAGCGCAAGCGCUCCUACUCCACCAGUAUCUGAACGUGCUGAUCUGCCAAGCAACUCGCACGGUCUACUCUCCGGGCUUUCGCUUCUAAAGACGCCCUCGCCUUCCACUGUCAGGCUUCCCCUCUCGGCAAGGACACGGUGCCAUUGAAGAAGCAGGGCCUGAUUGCCAGAUGCUCAAUGGGAUGCACGGAAUCGUGUUGCAGAGACUUGUUAAACUGUGUGGAAGUGCACAACUUCACGCAAACGCGCGGGGCCAUGCAGAAAACCCUAGCUGCGGCAAAUCACGGCUACGGAAACCUGAUAUUUGUACAGAAGGCAGAGGUCGCUCAGGGUCCCUAUGUAGUUUUAAAAGCCUGAUGCAAGAAAGCCGUGGGUGCUUAUGUGCAAGCCCAUUGCUGUGAAGCCUUGCUAAAAAUGCCUGUUGGAUAUCAGUUGGCUCAGUUGGAUAUCAGUGGCAAGGCUGUAAGGUGGAGGCAUGUACUGACUGGUUUAGAAGGUUGCAACACCGGAGCAGCACCACCUAACAUCUGAAACCACACGGUGUUACAUAGUGCCACGACUGUGUCGGAAUCAACUAUUACGGCUUUGUGUGUGCUUCCGACUUGGUGCAACACGUGGGGGCUGCUGGAGAAAACCACCCCUUGCAAUUGUUGUGUUGUCGUCGUCUGUUCAGUAUGGCGUGUCUGAUGGAGCGAGACAACGGGCGGCUUACUCACUGGCUGCAGCUUCUGCUACUUGCUUCUUUCCAUUUUCUGUGCAUCACAUCUCCAUGGAGCUCUGCGCAGCCAGCUGUUCUUGUGUUUCCCUGAGAUCGGGGCUUAUUUUGUUUCGUGAAGUGAUCUUGAACCGAAUUCUUGGCUUUUCUUGUGGUGCUGUCUCACUGAACUCUGAGAGUGCUCUUGAUCAUUGAACUCGUGCACUUGGCUGGCUUUUUUAAUGCAAUUUCAACACAGCUGCUUUCUUCCGCUAAUCCUUGUCUUUCAUCUGAUCUGCAGUCCAGGUGAUAGAUCGUAGCCAUUGCAAGAACGGUUGGCCUCAGCUCAACCUCGCUAGCCCUCUGGAUGGCUUCCACCCCUAGUUGCUCGUUCUUAAGUGUUUCUGCGGGUUGAGAUACUGUCGUCUCCCUGCAUCUAUCUAGCACACAUGGACGAAUGAAAGGCAGAAGUGGUGUGUAGCAGACUACCCUCGGCAACAUUGUUCAGCUGUGGCUUCCCUGCAUGACUGUUCUGUUUUUCUCUUUUCAACGUCAUCCCUCCUUUCCGUGCCUUCCCCGAAGUAAUCAUCAGAGGUGAAAUGGAUGAGGGUGUGGUCUUCACGCGUUGCCCCUUGGUGUGUGGUAGCCCCGUGGCGAAGUCCAGCCACAUUGCCUCAUCUCGAAUCAAUAUUUUACUCAUAGCUACGGGAGAUCUUUUUUUGCUGUCUGGACAGUCCGUAGCUGGUUGGGUUCGCUUCCGCUGGGUAGAGUAUGCUUUUGCUGGUCUCCAGGAACUUGCACCCAGAUUGUCUGGAGCAUCAUUUUAGGAGUGGUCCUUCGUCUAAUUUCUGACUUUUUUUUCUUUUGCCCUGCUGUUCUCCGGUUCUAUAUCUUUCAGCAGUCGCUCUGUGUUUUUUUGCAGUGAAAGUUUCUCUAAAUGGUAGACGCCAUGCCGAAUGCAUGCAAGCGGUUUGCAUUCUUGUACAUAAGAUGGCCUUGAUUCUUUUUCAAUGUCAUUGUGCAAAAUGUAUUGCAUGUACAGGGUGAGCAAUGAGGUGUUAUUACUAACGGUCUUCGCUGGUCAGUUCUGGCUUAAGUUUGCGCUGCUGGCAAAGGCUCACCUUGAAGUGAGCGUUACAAGGCUGGAGUUUUCUUGUCAAGUCAACUUUUUUAUCUGACUUGUGCACAAAAUUUAUGAGAAGUGUCAGUUCUUCCUAAUUUGAACAGGGAAUUCAACCGAAAGGUGCCCUGUAUUUUUGGGUCGAAUGUAUCAAUGCAUUGGGAGGAGCCUAAAAAAAUGUUGUUAAUGAGUGACACCUUAAAUGAUGAGUCUGCUGGCUGGUUAAUUCUAAGCCUUGGAUUUUAGGCUGACUCUAAGCUACUAACUUGACAGAUUUUAGAUGAAAGUGAUGUAUUUUUUAGCCAGGUUCUUCCAGAGCACAGUGGAUAUAAAAAUGCCUUCUAAACAAACCCUGAAAUAUCAAGAGCUGCACGCAGAAAGUGCAAGUGCUGAUGUUUGACUUUGAAGGCCCUUGGU